UCUGACUGGAAACCUCAACUUCUCCAUCAAAGCUUUAGCAGGAACGUCCUGGUUAAAAGCCCAUCUCUCCUUUUGGCUCAUAGCUGACCAGGUUGCUGCAACAGAUGAGUCUGAAAAGACAAAGUGUGUGGUCUGAGACUCUCAGUUGAUCCAGCAUUUGGAGAGGCAGCAAACUCUCAGAGCUUUCACAGCCCUGCUCACAGAAAACAGGGAGUCAGCCGUGGAUGAUGAAGAAGAUGCGAUGCAGUCUGUGCUGGAUCUUUUUCUUGCUGUUGGAGCUCGGUUGGAUAAACAUGAGCUCCAGCAUGCACAGGGAAGGUGGCAACAGAGGGGCAAAGAGACAGUGGGAGAAGCAGGUCCGCUCAUCCUCCAGUUUGGACGAGCUGCUGCGACUCACAGACUUCCCAGACUGGAAGCUGUGGAAGUGUCGCUUGAAGCUGCAGCCGCUAAAGGUCCAAACAGAGGCUUCCCCUUUUCCACCUUCGGCCGGGUCGCACCGCUCCACACGCUACGCAGCAACACCGUUUAGUCUGGAGAUACUUAAAGCCAUAGAAGAAGAGUGGCAGAGUAUUCAGUGUACACCCAGGGAAACGUGCAUCGAUGUGGCCCAGGAGUUGGACUCUCAUACCUCAGUUUUCUUCAAGCCACCCUGUGUAUCUGUCCACAGGUGUGGUGGCUGCUGCAACGACGAGGGCCUGACCUGCAGGAAUAUGUCUACUGUAUAUGUGAAUAAAACGAUUUUCAGCUUUACACCUUUUAAACUUGUACCAGAACCCGUGCUGAUAAAAGUCGCAAACCACACCGCAUGCAGCUGCAUGGAGCCGGCAAUAAUUCGACGCAACGCUCAGCAACGCAGGCGCAGUGGCUGCCCUCUGAUGAGACAGAUGUUGGAAGCAGAGGACUCUGGGAGACUUUGUGCUAGUGGAUGGAUUUGGGAUUGUUCUAGUGAAAAAUGCAUACCUUACCCCUCCAGUACAUCAGAGCUUCCCCUCAGGUCCUGGUUGUCGGACUGUGAGAUAGACGUGGAGCGCUGUGAAUGUCUGCCCAGACCUCAGCCAAUUGUGUGGGCACCCACAGGAAUUUGAUACAGACUUAUUCAGGUGUAAACUGCCCAAGUAGAGCUUCACUGGACAUAACAAUUACGACAAGCUGCUCAACGAAGAGCCAUGACUAACAUAAAAUGUCCUAUAAUUUAUUUAGUCUUAUUUAUGCAAAUCACUUUAAUUAUAUUAACUCACUUGACCAUGUUAAUAGACUGGUUUAACAUGACAGGAUUAGGCUUUAAUCAUUGUACAGUGUAUGAAUUUGUAUGAUAUUGCAUUCAUUCCUUGUGCGCUGAAUGUGUAGUAUACACAAUAAAAGAUUAUUUUUAUAAUUCAAAAC